AUGACACAAACUCAGGUUCAACAAACACACAAACUCAAGUUUAACCAAUACCCAAUUCUCACGUUUAACAAUUUCCACAACCUCAAGUUCAAACACGACACAAACUCAAGUUCAAACACGACACAAACUCAAGUUCAAACACGACACAAACUCAAGUUCAAACAACACCCAAAUAUCAAGUUUAACAUCUGCCAAAACCUCAAGUUCAAAAACACCACAAACUCAAGUUCAAAACGACAAAAACUUAAGUUCAACAAACGCCAAAAACUCAAGUUCAAAAACACCACAAACUCAAGUUCUAAAUGA